CGGCCCCCCGGCCCGCGCCGCGGCCAUGAACCUGGCGGGUCCGGCCUGCCCUGGCCCCGCGCGGCACCUGGUUUCGGCAAGGUGACCAUUCUGGCUGCCAGAGUGAGAGUGCCGGCCUGGGUGAGGGGCAGAGACAGCCCGCGGGGGCUUCUCUCACCGGAGGGACUUGAUGUCUUUGGACGCCAUGGACCAGCUGGCUGCGAGUCCUGGGAACUCGAGGCCGGGAGACGGCGGUGACGGCGGCAUGGAGCCGGGCACCUGCCAGGAGCUCCUGCACCGCCUGCGGGAGCUGGAGGCGGAGAAUUCAGCCCUCGCCCAGGCCAACGAGAACCAGCGGGAGACCUACGAGCGCUGUCUGGACGAGGUUGCCAACCACGUGGUGCAGGCGCUGCUGAACCAGAAGGACCUGCGGGAAGAGUGCAUCAAGCUGAAGAAGAGGGUGUUUGACCUGGAACGGCAGAACCAGAUGCUGUGCGCCCUGUUUCAGCAGAAACUCCAGCUCACGACUGGCUCCCUCCCUCAGAUUCCACUCGCCCCACUCCAGCCACCAUCAGAGCCACCAUCCUCCCCUUCCCUGAGCUCCGUCGAGAGAUCAGCUACUCUGCUGCCUCUCGGGCGCUGUGCUGGGCAGAGAGAGGUGUGUUGGGAACAGCAGCUUCGGACAGGAGGCCUGGGAACCCCAGCCACCCCACCCCCUGUGCUGGAUGCCCUCUCCCCGUUUCUUCGAAAGAAAGCCCAGAUCCUGGAGGUGCUAAGAGCCCUGGAAGAGACUGACCCCUUGCUUCUGUGCUCACCUGCCACCCCUUGGCAGCCUCCGGGCGAGGGUCAAGGCUCCCCAGAGCCCAUCAACGGCGAGUUGUGCGGCCCACCCCAGCCUGAACCUGCACCCUGGGCCCCCUACCUGCUCCUCGGCCCUGGUAGCCUGGGAGGCCUGCUGCACUGGGAGCGCCUCUUGGGGAGCCUGGGGGAGGAGGAGGGUACUGCACGGUCCUGGGGGCCCGGUAGAGGCUCCCCCCAGGCCCAGGGUGCCAGCUGCAACCCGCCCUGUGCCCCAGGCAGCAGUUCCUCCUCUUCUUCUGAUGAGGCAGGUGACCCCAACGAGGCACCCAGCCCCGACACUCUGCUUGGGGCCCUGACCCGGAAACAGUUGAACCUGGGCCAGCUCCUUGAGGACACAGAGUCUUACCUACAGGUCUUCUUGGCUGGAGCUGCAGGGCCUCUCAAUGGGGACCACCCAGGUCCUGGGCAACCAACCUCCCCAGACCAAGGGACCCCACAGCUGUCCAAGUCCAAAGGCCUCCCCAAGUCUGCAUGGGGUGGGAGUACCCCAGAGGCCUACAGGCCGGGCUUUGCUGCUACCUCAGAGGGCCAAGGGCCCCUGCCCUUCCUCAGCAUGUUCAUGGGUGCGGGGGAUGCCCCCCUGGGCUCACGGCCUGGCCACUCCCAUUCCUCAUCUCAGGUGAAAAGCAAGCUCCAAAUUGGCCCUCCUUCUCCUGGGGAAGCCCAGGGGCCCCUUCUGCCCUCUUCAGCCAGAGGCCUCAAGUUCCUAAAGCUGCCUCCAGCCUCAGAAAAGAUCCCCAGCCCUGGAGGGCCCCAGCUCAGUCCCCAGCUCCCUCGGAACUCCCGAAUCCCCUGUCGGAACAGUGGCUCAGACGGCAGCCCCUCCCCGCUGCUGGCCCGCAGGGGCCUGGGUGGAGGAGAGCUGUCCCCAGAGGGGGCGCAGGGCCUGCCCACCAGCCCUUUACCCUGCUCCACGACGCUGGAUUCUACACAGCUCAGACCUCCAGCCUUGACCACCACGCUGUCCCCAGGACCGGUAGUGUCUCCCUGCUAUGAGAAUAUCCUGGACCUUUCCCGGAGCACCUUUAGGGGACCUUCCCCAGAGCCUCCUCCAUCCCCACUGCAGGUGCCCACCUACCCGCAACUAACUCUGGAGGUGCCACAGGCCCCUGAGGUCCUCAGAAGCCCUGGAGUGCCCCCUAGCCCUUGCCUCCCAGAAUCCUGUCCCUAUGGGAGCAGCCAGGAGAAGAGUUUGGAGAAGGCAGGCUCCGAGUCCCCCCAUCCCGGCCGCAGGACUCCAGGCAGCUCAUCCAAGAAGCCCAGCCAGGGGGCAGGCCGGCGGCCUGGUGAUGCCGGCUACACACCUCUGCGGGAUAGGCUGACAGCCCUAGGGAAACUGAAGACGGGCCCUGAUGGACUUCAGGGCUCAGAGAAGAAUGGGGUGCCGGCCAGGCCUGGCACCGAGAAGGCCCGGGGAGCAGGAAGAUCAGGGGAAGGCACUGGAGACACGGUGUCCCCCACCCCCAGGCCUGAGCAGCCAGAAGCCAAAGGAGCUCUGCGGGGGGCAGUGGCCUUAGGCACAAGCAGCCUGAAGCAACAGGAACCUGGGAUCCUGGGGGACCCUGGGGCCCGAGUUUACUCAUCCCACUCCAUGGGGGCCCGGGUGGACCUGGAGCCUGUAUCACCAAGGAGCUGCCUCACCAAAGUGGAGCUGGCCAAGACCCGGCUGGCAGGGGCUCUGUGCCCCCAGGUACCCCGCACCCCUGCCAAAGUGCCAACCUCAGCCCCCAGCCUGGGCAAGCCCAGUAAGAGCCCCCACGGCAGCCCUACAAAGCUGCCUUCCAAGUCCCCCACCAAGGUGGUGCCCCGACCUCUCGCCCCCCCAGCCACCAAGGAGCCCCCCAAAGCUGACAAGGGAAAGGGCCCUCCUUGGGCAGAUUGUGGCAGCACCCCCUCCCAGCCCACUUCCCCGGCGCCUGACCCUGCCGACCCAAGCCAGGGCCCUGAAGGGCGGGUCCCCCACUCUGCCAUCGAGGAGAAGGUGAUGAAGGGCAUCGAGGAGAACGUGCUGCGUCUGCAGGGCCAGGAGCGGGUGCCGGGCUCCGAGGCCAAGCACCGCAACACCAGCAGUAUCGCCAGCUGGUUUGGCCUGAAGAAGAGCAAGCUGCCAGCGCUGAACCGCCGCACAGAGGCCACCAAGAGUAAGGAAGGGGCCAGUGGGGGCUCCCCCCUCCGAAAGGAAGUCAAGAUGGAAGCCCGGAAGCUGGAGGCCGAGAGCCUCAACAUCUCCAAGCUGAUGGCGAAGGCGGAAGACCUGCGCCGGGCGCUGGAGGAGGAGAAGGCCUACCUGAGCAGCCGGGCCCGGCCCCGGCCCGGAGGACCAGCCCCAGGGCCCAGUGCAGGGCUUGGGCAGGUGCAAGGUCAACUGGCCGGCAUGUACCAGGGCGCGGACACCUUCAUGCAGCAGCUGCUCAACAGGGUGGAUGGCAAGGAGCUGCCACCCAAGAGCUGGCGGGAACCCAAACCCGACUAUGGCGAUUUCCAGCCGGUGUCCUCUGACUGCAAGGCCCCCUGGCCAGCCUGCGGGGCCCGAAACGGCCUGGUGGGUCCUCUUCAGGGCUGUGGAAAGGCUUCCGGGAAGCCAAGCAGCGAGCCUGGGAGGCAGGAGGAGCUGCCCCCGGAGGAAAGCCUGGCCGAGCCGGUGCCCACCUCACACUUCACAGCCUGCGGCUCCUUGACUAGAACCCUCGACAGUGGCAUUGGGACCUUCCCGCCCCCGGACCACGGCGGCAGCGGGACCCCCAGCAAGAAUCUUCCCAAGACGAAGCCUCCACGACUGGAACCCCCCCCGGGGGUGCACCCAGCUCGGCCCCCACCCCUUACCAAAGUCCCCCGCCGCGCCCACACCUUGGAGCGUGAGGUGCCGGGCCUGGAGGAGCUGCUGGUGAGCGGGCGGCACCCGAGCAUGCCGGCCUUCCCUGCGCUGCUCGCCGCCGCUCCGGGCCACCGGGGCCACCAGGCCUGCCCCGACGAUCCCUGCGAAGACCCGGGCCCGCCCCCUGCCGUCCAGCUGGCCAAGAACUGGACCUUCCCCAACGCCAGAGCAGCCGGCGGCUCCUCGGACCCCUUCCUGUGCCCACCCCGGCAGCUGGAGGGGCUGCCCAGGACCCCCCUGGUCCUGCCUGUGGACCAGAAGCGGAGCCUGGAGCCCAGCCGCCCAGCCCCCACGCCCCAGGGCUCAGCGUUUGGGGGUAGCCGCACCCCCAGCACUUCGGACAUGGGUGAGGAAGGGAGAGUGGCCAGUGUGGGCCCCCCCGGGCUGGAGACCUCAGAAUCCCUCAGUGACUCACUCUAUGACUCGCUCUCCUCCUGCGGGAGUCAGGGCUGAGGACGGUGCCCCCCAGCCCCCUGGAGUGGGGGGCCGCAGACUGGACUGGCUCUCCUCAGGCCCUGAAAGGACCAAGGAGGCAGGUGGAUAAUAGGGUGACGGGGUUCCUGACACCCUACUGCUGCUGUGGAGGAGAUAACCGCUCUCAGCUCAGGGAGGAGCCUCGCCCUUGGUCCCUUCUCUCACCAGAGUGAGGCUCUUCUGGGGCACGGGAGUUCGGCACUGCUGUGGCCAAGCUCCCAGCUCCCACUUCAGGCUAAACCAUCUUGUGGUGCUGGGCUCCCUGCCCACCGGCUGUGCCAUCUCCACCCAACCUGGCUGCUGCCCACCCCGGAGCCCCGUGGGGCCAGUCCAGAGGCCCCAAGCUGGUCAGGUUUGGGGCCAAGGGGUCAAGUUGCCUUCUCUGUCUAUCCUGGUCCUCCCUGCUGUCUGGAUGGUGCUGCCCUCCCAUGCCCCGUGUCUUUGGGGUCCGUUUGUCUAUCUUUUUUGUGUUUUUUUAAUAUUAAAGCACCUAGCCCGACUCCCAGCCAUGUCCCUCCCCCCCCC